UACAAGACUACAGCAAGGGUUGUAUAUCAUGUCGUUUGAAGACCUUCUGAGUCUGUUUUGACGACAGUUGAUGGAUCGCCGCUACAGGAAUUAAGAGUAUGAGACUCCGCAGUGGGGCUUGGAGCUCUUAUUCUCCAAUACGGCAGAAUCGAACGUAUUGACAUGAUAUCUGAGUUUUUACAUUUUAUGUUGGAUUUCCAUCUCUUGUAAUUGGGAGAAGAAGGGUUUCAGUGGUUACCAUCAGUAGUCUUUCUUCGUGCUAAUUUGUUUUUGAGUUGAAGCUAGUAGAGUUUCAAGGGCUUUCUUGAGAAAAGGGUAGAAAUUUUCUUAGGUUGCCUUGAAUAAUAAUAUCCAUUUCCCUCUCCAAUUACUGCUUGGUGUCAUCACCAUGUUGUCUCUUCAACAGAAAAUUCAACCCUUCCACUGGAUUGCCUCCAUCAAGCUCUCAUUCACCACACUUCCCAGCUCUGUUGAUCCCAACCAAGUCUCCUCUAUACCAAAAUUCCAACUUCUCAAGUCUUACACUGUCACACCCCCAAUUAAACCAUGGCCCAAAGAACUCACCCCCAAGCGGCUUCGCCUCAUCAUCUCCCAACAGCAAAAUUUAGAUCUUGCUCUCCAAAUUUUCCACUAUGCCGGUAAUUACCAGCCUGGUUUCCACCAUACAUAUGAAACCUACCAUUCUAUGAUUCUCAAGCUCUGCCGCUGGCGUGCAUUUGGACCAAUCGAAUCUAUCUUGAAUGAGUUGCGUGUUUCAAAAAUCAAGUGCGGUGAGAAUACGUUCAUAACUCUCAUUCGAAACUAUGGUCUUGCUAGCAAACCUAAAGAGGCAAUCAAAAUGUUUCUUCGAAUCAAUGAUUUUGGUCUUCAGCGGUCAGUUCGCUCAUUCAACUGUUUACUCAAUGCCUUGGUUCAGAAUAAAAUGUAUGAUUCCGUUUACCUUAUGUUCAAGAACAGUCAGAAGAGGUUCCAAGUUGUGCCCAACGUGUUUACUUGUAAUAUAUUACUAAAAGCUUUGUGUAAAAAGGGUGACUUGGAGGGUGCCCGCAAGUUGUUGGAUGAAAUUCCUGGUAUGGGGUUGAUUCCGAAUGUGGUGAGUUACACAACCCUCAUGGCCGGAUAUGCUGAUCGAGGUCACAUGGAAGGGGCAAAGAGAGUGUUUGAUGAGAUCUUGGACCGAAGUUGGUUACCGGAUGCUACAACUUACACUGUUCUGAUGGAUGGGUAUUGCAAGCUGGGCCAAUUUGUUAAAGCCACAAAAGUGAUGGAUGAGAUGGAGGAAAAUGGAGUUUCGCCUAAUGAUAUUACAUAUAGUGUGAUGAUUGAGGCAUUAUGCAGAGAAAGAAAAUCUGGAGAGGCAGUGAAUAUGAUUGGUGAUAUGCUCGAUAAGAAGUAUGUACCGAGCUCAGCAUUAUGUUGUAAGGUGAUUGAUGCCCUCUGCUGGGAUGGGAAAGUCGAUGAAGCAUGUGGCCUGUGGAGAUUGCUGUUGCUAAAGAACUGUACUCCAGAUAAUGCCAUAUCGAGCACACUUAUAUAUUGGCUAUGCAAGGAAGGGAAGGUUUGGGAGGCGAGGAAAUUGUUCGAUGAGUUUGAGAGGGGCACUAUUCCGAGUGCUUUGACAUAUAACACACUUAUUGCAGGAAUGUGCGAGAAAGGGGAGUUAUACGAGGCGGGGAGGUUAUGGGACGAUAUGGUCGAAAGUGGAUGUGUUCCCAAUGCCGUCAGCUACAAUGUGCUGAUUAGAGGAUUCUGCAAAGCAGGCUAUGCAGGGGAAGGGAUCAGAGUUUUGAAGGAGAUGAUGGAUCAAGGCUGCACUCCUAAUGAUUCAACACUUGGUAUAUUAAUUGAAGGGCUUUGUGAUUCUGGAUUAGAAGCAGGUAUUUCGGAUGUACUUAGCAUUGCUGUAUCGAAUAAACUGGAAAUCAAAUCUGAUGUUUGGAGGAUAUUGUUGAAGAAAUUCAUGACCAACAGCGCUAAUAUAGGGAUUACUUUGGAAGGGAUCUUGGCGGCAAAAACUGCUUAGGUUGGAUUGUGUUUGUACGGAACUUUAUCCUGAAGGUUACCGGUGAAUUUGGUGAAUUUGUGAAGUGAUAGAAACACUCAUGGGAUUUUCUGUAAGAUUACCUUAGAUUUAAAGUAAUUUUUUUAUUUAGAAAAUAUAUUAUCAAAGCUGAUCCAAUGAAAUUUUUGAAUGCUGUGAAAUCGUCUUGUAAAAUGCUUUUGUAAGAUUCAUUCUUUAAAAUAUAGUGGUUUGUAUUUGUAACUUUAAAUCGUAUAAGAUCAAAGGAUUGCAUCUGGACAAUCGAUUGGAAUAUAAAUUUAUUUGAUAAAAUUAUAUAAUUUUAAUUUGAAUGUUUAAUCUAUAUUAACUAAUAAUAGCUAGACAAGCCUAUCCUCAUCCAGACAAAUGACAAUACAUUAACGGCUUUUUUGUCUCCUCUCCAAUGAUUCUUCUGGGGAUUAGAAAAUAUUAUACUAAAUGAUAUAAAUUUGUGUUGUUAUAGGGUGCUGCUGGUUUUAGGCAGGAUGGAGCAACGUUCUAAUAUCAUUCUUUUCAAAUUUUCAGAAUUUUGUUGCAUCAUAAUUCAUCCUGCCUAUGUCUUUGUAAACAUUCAAUGAUACGUGUAUAUAUACAUGAAUUCAAUUGUCUUCUGCUUGAUUCUUGUGCAAAGGAAAAUCCUGUUUCUUCAAGCAAUAAAUAAUAAACAAGAAAGCAUUUCCAUUUUUAGAACCCUUAAUUGUUAUUGUUGAAGGAUUUCAUUCUUUUCUAGUUUUAUUUUUUGUUUGUUAUUUGCAUCCUUGUGAAUCCGUCAGCUGUAAUUGAGGGUCAAGUUUGGGAACCUUUUUUCCUCGUUCCGUCAUGAAUUUUUGAGAAAAUACUGCGAGCAGGAUUUGAAUUGGGUUUGAGGUUUAUACAGUCUACCCAAUUAUUCGAUUAAAUGCCUGACCGGCAGGAAUAGUUCUGAUCCUUUCUUCUCUGCAGGGAACAGGUAAGAAUAGUUUCUUUUAAUGCUGGUGAUCACUGAUAAUUUCAUUGAUUUUAGCAUUUCCUAAAUAUGGAAGACAUUCUAGGGUUUGUUUCUUUUGUACAAAAUUUCUUACACAUUUUCCAAAAAAAAAAUUUAAU